UUGAAACAGACGGAUGGAUGUGGAUGGAAGGUUGGACAAGAGGGCACAUCUGUAGGAUUGCUGUGUGAGCAAGACACACACAGAGUCAUGUCAUUUUCAAUGAACAGAAGCUUGCUUGCCUCUAGCUUUGAAUUGAAAAACAAUAAAGACAACCAGCUCAUUAGGGUUCAGGAUCCUUUAACAACUGUAGGUCUGAAUCAUACAUCAUUCGAUAUUCGUCUUAAUACAGCAAUCCUAGACUGCCAUCUUGUUAAAAGUCAAAUCCUUGGAACUGCAAAGAUGUUAAAACUCCUCCUUCUAUGCUGCUUUUAUGCUGUUUCUAUGGCAAUUGAAGAUAACCAACCCAUGAUAACAGCUAUUGAUGUUGAUGACCCAGAUCGUUGCAAGACUGGCUACUUCAAUGAGCAAUCGGAUGACUGCUGCCACUACUACCAAUGUGACUUUAGUGGCAGGAAGGCAUUCAGGAGGAUGUGUAUGGAGCCAUUGGUCUGGAAUGAUGACAUAGGGGGUUGUGCAUUCAAUUCUGUCCCGGACACAUGUGAUGAUUCUGUCACGCAAUGCUAUGAUCCCGUGCCCACCCCUAAACCAUGUGACACUGAGGGAGAUCCAGACAAGUGUUGUGAGAGAGGAAUAACAUGGGACGAUCACACAACUGGUACUGGCAAUAUCUACACAAUAAACCCAGAGCGACCAGAUAUUUACCAAGUAUGCAACAAAAACCACAAGUGUCCACGCAGCAGCUUCAAUGUUACAUCAUGCAGCUGCAACCCAGUAGAAACUAACUGUGACUGUAUGUACUGGUCCUUUUCUGCACCAGCUCCAUUUGCUGAUAAGAACCAAGGUGUCCCAUUCACCAGGGGAAGCUGUAGAGCAGAUGUAGAUAAUUCCGGAACUUUGGUCUGCGAUGGUGAGAGCCCAGCAGAGUUGAAAUAUAUGCAACUGGCCUAUUUUGAUUAUGGUUUCACAAUGUUUGCCAGCUUUGCCCCUGACCUCAAUGGGGUAGUGACCACAAAUGAGGGCAUUAAUGGGCCAAGUGUUGAGGCUACAGUUAGUGGAGAUACAGUCACAGUCACUGUUGGGGAAGUGAGCUUGUCUACAGCUUAUAGUGGUUCUUCUGGUUCUAAAUGGUUUGUAUUCACCAAGGAAACAAGCAGUAAAACAGUGUCCCUUUAUGUGGGUGACUCCAGCAGCUUUUCAAAGACUGAGACCCUAUUACCAGCAAACUACAAUCCCAAAGGGAACAGAUGUACCUUGAAACUUGGGUUGACAGCAUCAACAUAUGACAGUUUUGGCCUGUGCACAUAUGGAUGGACUGAAGAAGAUGUGUCAAGCUUCCAGUCAAGUGGGGAACCGAUUGCAAACCCUAAUCCUGUUGUCAUAUAAGUCUCAAGCCCAAACUCUAUGGCAAUUACUGACAACAAAUAAAAGGACAUUAUGACCAAUAAUAUUGUGCAUUCCUAUGAAAAUACAUGUAAAUUGACCUAAAUUGAAUAAAUC